AUGACUUCUGCUUGGGAGUCGGACGUUGUGGAGUGCAAGCUGUGCGACCACUGCGAGUACCGAGCAGAGCGUGGGAAGGCGACGUGCUGCGACAAAUGCAACGCGUCGCAUGACAGCGGCGUCGCCGGCCAUGAGGCGCACUGCCCUCGGCUGAGCCGGGAGGUUUUGCAGCAAUGCCGCUGGGAGCAUUUCCGGUGCGACCUCGGCGCCGAGGAGGAGGCCAUCUGCCUCGUUGUGCCACCGCGGGCCCCCAUCGAAGGCCCCGCUCCGGUACUCCUAUUCCUGACAGGCAAUGGUCAUGUGGAUGACCGUCAAGACUUCCUUUCGGGAGGCGUCGACCAGUUGAUCCGGAACGGGGAUCUCCAGAAGUAUGUUCUUCUGGCCCCCAAACCACUGUGGAAGACCGGGGUCCUACGCCACAACGACAGCUGGAGAAACGCUUGGUGCGAAGAUGCUGUUUGGGCACUUGUGACAGAAAUGCUGCGUCGGCUUGGACCAGCCAACGUGGACCCAACGCGGCUUUAUGCCACUGGUCUGUCUUUAGGUGCCAUCGGGGUUUGGCAUUUGGCAUUGCGCUACGGCGAGUAUCUGGCAGGGAUUGUCCCCGUUUCUGGUCGAUGCGAAUGGCCGUUCAACUCCUGGCCCAAAACGGGCGGCGUGGAUCAAGCUGUCGCUAAGCGCCUUGAGAACAUCCCAUUGCGUUGCUAUCAGAUUGACGCCGACCGCUACGGAGGCACACCUGUGCACGACCUGGAGUGGCUGUGCUGGGGGCUCCCGGAGACCAGCCGCGAGGUCACGCUGCGAGGUAUGGAGCCUGACCGGCAGGUUGAAGUGAAGAUCCGCAGCUGGGAGCGACCAAGCGGUAAGCACUGGGACCUCUGGGAAGCAAAGGGGCCUCUCAAAGACUGGGCAUAUUACGACGACUGGGGAGGUGACAAGCACUGCCUGUGGAACAGAGUUUAUCCAUUUCCGGAAUGGGGCCUGCCUUCCUUUCUCGCUUCUCAUGCUGUACCUCACGAUCGUUGCUGGAAGCUGGAUAUGCCAAUUCCCGUGGUGGACUCUUCCAAGGUGGAGGAUUCCAUGGAAGUGGACCAGGUCGAAAGCCGUCCGGAGCCGCCCUGCAAGAUGAGCACCGGAGACAUGGAGGUCAUGGAGGAGCAGGUCCAGCUGCGCCAUGAAGAGAGCGAAAUCGUCCAGGCUAUCGGAAGCAACGGUCAAGCUGUGGCUGUGAGCAGGAUGUUCAUCACAGGCAGGGUCCUUGAGGAGUGGGGAGGUUCAGAUGCCUUCGCCGCGAAGUUUGUUUUCCAAGCUGCGUUCGCAUCAAGCUGCCGGUGCGCCACAGUGAUGGAGCUACUGCCCGCCAGCCUUCCAGAGCAGCGCCCGCGCAGCUUCGGCGGCGAGGACUUUCCCCUGGUGCUCUCGCCAAGCCGACAAAGCAGCGCGCGAGAGCUCUCUGCCUGGGCCGCUUCGCGCUCCGCAGAGCUCCAAAAGCUUUUGCUUCAGCAUGGCGCGGUGCUUUUCCGGGACUGCGGCAUCACCAGUGCGGAGGACUUCGGUCUGGUGGUGCGGGCAAUGGGCUGUGAAGGCUACGACUAUGUUGGUGGUGCGGCGCCUCGUACAGAGGUCGUGAAAGGCGUAGUCUUCACAUCCAACGAGUCCCCGCCGGACCAACCGAUCCCCUUCCACCACGAGCUGGCGCAAUCGCCGACACCACCCAACUACAUACUUUUUUGCUGCGAAGUUGAGUCCAAGCAUGGAGGGGCGACACCCAUCAUCCCUUCGGAUGAGGUGGCCGACUUCUUCAUGAGCCACUUCCCCGACUUUGCACGGGAGGUCGAAGCCAAAGGGGUGCGCUACAUUCGCACCAUGCCAGAGGUCACAGAUCCCACGUCUGCCCAGGGGCGCUCCUGGGCGGAGUCCUACGCGGUCAAAACGCGAGAAGAGGCGGAGGAGGUGAUGACAAAGCAAGGCUCCACGUGGGAAUGGCUGUCGGGGGGCGACCUGAAAGUAACGACGGCGGCUCUGCCGGCCCUGCGCAUGGACGAACGAACGGGGCGCCGCGUCUUCUUCAACUCCGUCAUCGCCGCCUUCACCGGUUGGAACGACUCCAGGAAUGUGGGCGAGGAGGCCGUCCUGCUUGGCGACUUCAGCCCCGUGAACAAGCAUGCGCUGAGGGCGGUCGCACGCUUUAUGGCCGAGAGAGAGGUGGCCUUCGCCUGGAAGAAGGGCGACAUUCUCAUCGUUGACAACGGCAGUGUCCUCCACUCCCGGCAGAGCUUCGAGCCUCCGCGCCGAGUCCUUGCGGCGCUGCGGGGAAAACCGCUCUUGGGCCCCGCCCUCCGAGCAGGUAUCAUUGGCACUGGGGCCAUGGGCAAGGAGCACAUUCGCAACGUGGCCUUGAUGGGUGAGCAGAUGGUCGUGACGGCCAUUGCCGAUUCGAGCGAGGCGGCCUUGCGCGAGGCCCUUGAGGAGCUCGGUGGCGAGCGGGCUCCGCGCGUCGCUGUCUUCCGAUCCGAUGAGGAGCUUAUCAACUGCGACUUCGUGGAUGUGCUCAUCAUUUGCACGCCAAAUUUCCAGCACAUCCAUACGCUCCGAAAGGCGAUUAUGUCAGGCAAGCACAUCCUUUGUGAGAAGCCGUUAUGCACGACCGUGGAGGACUGUGAAGAGGUGGAGCGGCUCCUUACGGAGCGCGUCGUGCGCUCCGGAUCUGAGAAAGCGCCGGUCUUCAUGACCGGCAUGGAGUACCGAUACAUGCCACCCAUUCGUCGUCUGAUUGAGGAGUCGGACUCAAGGAAGCUGGGUGAGCCCAGGGUUCUAUCAAUUCGAGAGCAUCGCUUUCCCUUUCUCGUCAAGGUGGAUAACUGGAAUCGUUUCAACCGCAAUACUGGUGGGACCCUGGUAGAAAAGGCCUGCCACUUUUUCGACCUCAUGCGCCGCAUUCUUCAAAGCGAACCCGUCUCAGUGUAUGCCUCCGGUGACCAAGCCAUGAACCACAAGGACGAGGUCUACGACGGAGGAAUCCCAGACAUCAUCGACCACGCCCUUGCAGUUGUGGAGUUUGCGAAUGGUGCGCGGGCUUCGCUGGACCUCUGCAUGUUUGCCGAAGAUGAGCAGACAGAGCAGGUGCGAGUGGUUUGCCAACAAGGCAGCGUAGAAGCGAAAUGCCCGGAGUCCACAGUUCGCAUCGUUCAGCGGCGAAAGGUGCGUGGGCUGGGACGCACCCCACCCGGAAAGGAGGAAAGGGCCGUGCCCGAAGUCAUCCGAAUUCCGAUCUCGCGCGAGCUGGCAGCCGCUGGUUACCACGAAGGCGCCACUUUUUUCGAGCUGGAGGCAUUUGCAGAAGCAGUUCGAGGGAAGCGGGCAGUGCCAGUGACUGCGCGAGACGGCAAGAUGGCUGUGCUCAUGGGUGUCGCUGCUCAUCGUUCAAUCGCCUUGGGCCGUCCCGUGCGCCUGUCUCCAGCAGGACAGAUCAUCGAGGAACCCUCUGCUGAUCCUCCGCCGCCGUUGCUAAAACAGCAGGUAUGGUCUCGACUAUGA